CUCAAUAUGAAAAAUGUAUUUUUAAUUUCCUGUUUCAGGUGACUUUGCAUGUACCCAUUUCUGCCAUUGAUAAUAUACUAAAAUACACCAGUACUAGUUUAUCCUCCAAGUUCUGCUUUAUAAUUUUAAAAGGAUGGUGAACGUCACAGCUCAGCGUGUGACAGAGUUUACAUUAACAGGCUCGGACCAAGUGCCCAACCAGCGGUUGCUGGGAACUCUGAUCCUCGUUACUUAUCUCUUCAUACUGCUUGGCAACAGUGCCAACAUAUGUGUGGUGGCAUCAGACAGGCGCCUGUUCACGCCAAUGUACAUAUUCAUCUGCAACCUGGCAGCGGUGGACAUCACUUUCACCACCAGCGCUGGCACCACAUUGAUCGGACUGCUGCUUUUGGGCAUCCGGAACAUCUCGUACCAGGAGUGCAUCUCACGCAUGUUCAUCUACCACAUGGGUGACAUCUGCCUGAGUCUCACCCUCACCUUGAUGGCGGUGGAUCGCGUGGUGGCCAUCAGCAACCCCCUGCGCUACCACAGCAUCCUCACCAACGGGCGGACCCUUGCCUUGAUUGCUUUUACCUGGCUGCUCGCGAUUGUGAUCAUGGGCCUGUUGGUGGGGAUUCUUCACAGCCUCCCCUACUGCCAGCCUCUGCUCGGGUUCAGCUUCUGCAACUAUGCAACGCUGGUCCGGGCGGCCUGUGUUGAUCCAGAACCCUACUUCAUCUACAGCACAGCCCUGACCAGCUGGGUGAUUGGCGUGCACCUGCCUCUUAUCCUGGCCACGUAUGUGAAGAUCAUUUACAUCGUGCUCAAGCUGUCAAAGAACGAGAGCCGCAAGCAAAUGGUCAACACGUGCGUCAGCCACGUCAUCGUGGUCACCUGCUACUUCCUGCCCAAGUGUAUCGUCACCUUGCUGACAAGGGUUGGUGUCACGCUGAACCCGACAGAACGUAACGCUCUGCUCAUAGUCUCCACGUUGCUCCCGUCCUUCAUGAAUCCCGCUGUCUAUUGCUUCAGGACAAAAGAAAUAAGGACCCGACUCAUUAAAAUACUGACAAGAAACUGCGUGAAUGUGAUAAAAUGAAGUGUCAUUCACAUAUUCUCUGUGGUCUGGAGGUUGGGUGUAAAUCACAAGAAACAUAAUAAUGCAGAGGCUGAACUUAGGCCAGUGAGAGAUGUUUGCAUAUUAAGUUAAUUCAUCUGCAAGAUUCCUUACUACAGCCUUCCUGGGACUGCAGUCUGGGUUAAUAUUCAGACAUUGUUUUCUGUAGUAGAAAAGCAUGUUGUUUGAACAACACUGUUUAUCAGGUUUAGUUUUGACGAGUGAGAUAAAGGCACAAGGGGCCAAUGGAGACACAUCUAGCAAGCUGUCGUUUUGCCAAAGAGCAAAGCAGUUUUAAAAAAUUGCCUGUAAAAUAUCUCCCCAUCCAUCUGCUUUCUAUACCCACCUGCCCUAAGCCGGGUCAUGGCCGUCCGGAGCCCCUCCCAAAUGCUACAGCACAAGGCAGGGAGUAACCCAGCCCACUGCAGGGCACUGUAAUAUAUUGUGAAAUUAAAUAUAAACUUGAAAAACAAUAACACUGUAUGAAACUGUACCUAACAACUUUGUUUUUAUAUGAUCAUUUUGUUUUCUAUUAUUUGCACUGCAAGCAUUUGUAUCAUGUACCUGUUUUCAAUUAAUAAAAUAUUCUGAGCACAAAAAAAAUGAGAAAGAGUCAAGUAAGCUUUAAGACAGCCACUGGUGGGCGUAUAAAACAAAAAAUCUCAUCCAGUGCUGGUUUCAGUUUGCCUGCUGUUACAAACCAUCCACAAUAAGGGACCCUGUUCCAUGCAGUGUUGUAACAUUCAGAGACUUGACUGUUUAUAUCUUAUAUUUGCAUCUUACAUUUUAGUAAUAUAUUGUUACUUUUCAUUUCUUCCAUUGACAUCGUUACACUUGUUUUUAUUAAUAUACUGUCACAUACUGGCACAACCUCCUACAUUUUGCACCUGUAGACAUCAGAAUUGUGCAGUGGCCAGUGCUGCAGUGUCUUCGUUUGUGCCACUGUCUUCGUUUCUGCACACAUGUUCUUUAUGUCACUUUCUGUAGUUUUGUAGACCUGUGUUGUUUUAUGUGGCACCAUGGUCCUGGAGGAUCGCUGCUUCA